CAGGAAGUAUCCUAUUAUGGAAUGGUGUUUCACAAAUAAACUUCCGGAAGGGUGUCAGCUCCAAGCGUACUCUAUCAGGAAUUUAAAAAAGCUAGUAUAUAUUUCUGUUUUCAUUAAUCUUUUCCAAACGAAAAUAUGUCCAAGUCUUUGAAGAAGAUAGUGGAGGAGAGUCGGGACAAGAACAUCCCGGAGGUGGAGAUGUGCGACAGGGGCAUUUCCAACAUGUUGGACAUCCCAGGACUGUUCACCCUGUCUAACAUCACUCAGCUGGUCCUCAGCCACAACAAGCUCACAGCGGUGCCCGCCAACAUCUCCGAGCUGAAGAACCUGGAGGUCCUGAACAUGUUCAACAACCAGAUUGAAGAGCUGCCGACUCAGAUCAGCAGUCUGCAGAAGCUGAAGCACCUCAACCUUGGUAUGAACCGUCUGAGCGGCUUGCCCAGAGGAUUCGGUUCGUUGCCGGCUCUGGAAGUGUUGGACAUCACCUACAACAACCUGAACCAGAGCUCUCUCCCCGGGAACUUCUUCUACCUUACCACUCUCCGUGCCCUCUAUCUGAGUGACAACGAUUUCGAGGCCCUGCCCGCAGACAUCGGGAAGCUGGGCAAGCUGCAGAUAUUGAGUAUGAGGGACAAUGAUCUGACCUCGUUGCCGAAGGAGAUCGGGGACUUGGCUCAACUCAAAGAGCUCCACAUCCAGGGCAACAGACUGACCGUCCUGCCCCCUGAGCUUGGGAAUCUGGAUCUGACUGGUCCUAAACAGGUGUUCAAAGCAGAGAAUAAUCCCUGGGUCACUCCCAUCGCAGACCAGUUCCAGCUGGGCGUGUCCCACGUCUUCGAAUACGUCCGCUCGGAGACCUAUAAGUAUCUCUAUGGCCGACACAUGCAGGCUAACCCAGAACCACCGAAGAAGAACAACGAUAAGAGCAAGAAGAUCAGCCGCAAGCCUCUGGCCGCCAAGAACAAAUAGAGAGGAGACGGAGGCUGGACUCGAUGCCGGUCAAACUCACUGCAUGUGCCUUUUCUCUCUUCCCUCUUUUUUAUUAUCAAGACAUUUUGUAUUACAUUGAAAUAUAUGGAUUAUGUUUCUGAAUGUGUUAAAUAUCGUUUGGACUGUAUUCCACUGUGCCUGAGUGUAUAUAUAUAUAUAUUUGUUUCCGGUGCUACUUACUAACAACGCUCAGACUAGUGAUAACGCCAACAGAAUCAAUAUUAAGACCUUGUUAUCAUCAUCCUUAGUCACCUAAAUGGCAAAAAGGUACUUUAACUUAAAAUGUAAAGGCUGUUAAACGGCUAUGAUACCAAAGGCUAAUAUUUAAUGUUCACGUAUUAACUCCAGCUUUCCUUCUUAAUGAUAAUCAAGUAGACUCAAAUCGACAGAUGUCCACUUGAUGCCGUGGCGUCGCAUCUUCACAGCAGCUCAAUGUCAACUGGAAGCCCAAUUCCUGCUGACUCGGCAACACUCACUCCAUUGUUCUAACCCUUUAUUCUCCAGCUCUGUGGAGGCAUUAAUUAACCUUGUACUCGUUCUACCUUAUAUGCUUUUUGAAAUAUUAAGCUUUUUUUUUUAAUGAAUUCUCUAAUUCUCUUCACCCCCACAGACCUUAUUUAAAAACGUGCCACAAUUCAAAUACAUAUUAUAGCUUCUUUAGGUAAUGCAGUGAGCUUCAAACUCUGCCAGAUUUACAUUUCAACCGUCAAUAUUUCAGCAAACGAACGAAAUACAUUUGAGAUUUUACAGGCAACUGAUUCACCAAAGCUUUGCACUUUAUUUUAGCUUCCAGUAUUCACACACAUUUUCUACAGGAAAUGCAUUUUCUACUAACAUGUGCGGGUCAUUGAGAGGUGGUUAGAGUCUUAUAUGUAUGUAAAGAUAUGAGUGACAGCUUAUUGUAUUUUAGCAACUAUUUUAAAUACCUUUAUUACUGAUAUCUGUAAGCUUGAGGGAGCAGGCUCAGUGAUACCUGCCAGUGUUCAAUCUCUGAGGGCCCAUUCACACGCCCGCUGAUAGCAUGAUGAAAACCUCUUCCAGCUGAUUGCAAUUUGCCCUUUUUUUGCGUCUGAUUUCAAUUACCAUUAAGGGUAAAUGUUGCCUCUGCACCAACAACACUGAAGGCAGAACAACAGAGGAAAAUAAAAACACAAUUUGCAGAGUUUUCCUGAACAUGAUUCUUCAAAAUCAUAGUCAAGGAAUGUAAAGGCGACAGGGAGAACCCAAAUCUGGGGUCUUAUAUAACCACUGGACUCCUUUAAGGGCUUUAGCUUCAGAAUCCUCUCUGCAGAUGCUAAUAAUUUCACUCUUAACUGCGUGAGGCCAUUAGCGGCAAUCUAAUUAGGCUCAUUUGCAUAGAAAGAGGUGAUUUUUGCGCCAAAUGAAUGCAUAUCAUCUGAUUUAAAUCGGCUGUGUAGUAAGGGGUGCAUGUCACCGUUUUUGCGGGUGCUUUGAGAACUACACCGUCUGUGUUUGGACUAUUGAUGCUGCUUGGUCCCUGAGAGUCUCUACGCCUUCAAUUUCACUUUGUUGAGUUGUUUUUCAAAGCUUCACCAAGUGUCCGUCACAUUUCAGCCUGAUUCAUUAUAAUCAUGUUUUAAAGUCACUGUGCUUUUAUCACAGGCCAGAAUAUACUGAGUUCACCCUGCUCGCUGUAUUGAACACUUAAACAUGUCAAAUAAACAAUCAAAAUCAA